CAGUUCCAAGCGAUGCGGGAUGAGAUGGCUGCAGGCAGCAUGGCGGCCAAGCGGCGAUGUUGCAGUCUCCAUAUGGACUGGAGCAGACCCUGAAAUACAGGACCUGGUAUGGCAUUUUCUCAAGAUGACUUUUGGGAACGCAUGGGGCUACAAGAGAAGGACAGGACGACGUGUGUCGAAACUGUUCGGGGAAGGUACGAUGGAUACCACGUGGAAAAGUUCGAAUACCAAGGAUACUGCAGCUUCACAUUACUUCUGUCUCCACAACAAGGGCAUAUUGUGAGUGAAGUUGGUUUCCAGAGUGGUGCUCACAUACGGGCAUCUGAAGUGGCCGAGCAACUCAUUGUCCAAAUUCGGCCAGCGCAACACGCCCUCGACCUGGACACGGCUUGGGCAGCGAGCAGAACACACUCGCUGGUCGCUCCCAUGGUUCGAACUCUGGAUCUCUGCCUACCAGGAGAUCUUUGCGCAUACGAGAUGAACAGAUUAGAGGGAACGCCGGUAUCUCGCCUCCAUCCCCACGAACGUUCGAUAGGAGUUGAGAUACGAGAGAAGCAACGAGCCCUCAUCACGAGCUUCACUAAUUUCAUCGCACAAAGCUGGCCAGACGUGGCAAGUAAGAAGCGAAGAGACAGCGUUCUGCGACCCGACUCACCUUCCAACGAGGAGCAAACGAUACUGUCACUUUGCACAGGCAAAGUAGGAUCGUGCAUCGUCCCGAAACUUCAGAAACUCGCUGAGGAACUCCCGGAUCAAUGGCUGCGAGAGCGAGCUCAGACCACGCUGGACAAGCUUCGCGUGAUAGACGACUACCCUGUCGUGCUGAAUCACGGAGAUCUCAUACCGUCAAAUAUCCUCGUCAUCAAGGAAACAUGGGAGAUCACAGGGCUUGUUGACUGGGCGGAAGCUGAGUACCUGCCCUUUGGGACGUGCCUUUAUGGCCUGGAGUACCUCCUUGGUUUCCUCCAACCGGCGUCACAAGAGUUGGACAGACCAACUUUUGUGUACUACGACAAUGCCCCGCAGCUCCAAGCCAAAUUCUGGACCACAUUGCUCGACCUUGUACCGGGGCUUGGAGGCAGGCAAGAGGAGGUGCGACUGAUGAGAGAUAUUGGAGUGCUUCUGUGGCAUGGCUACGCGUGGGACGAAGGUACGAUCGAUCGUGUUGUGGAUGAGGUGAAUGACGGCGAUGAGUUGGCGAAAUUACGAGCGUUUCUGAGUAACUCAUAAUGACCGUCUUUCUCGCAUCACCAUGGAGGUCUUCAGGAAUUCUCCUCUUCUCUCACCUUUUCUCAUGCAUGCCUACUGUCUCGUCUUCUCGCAGUCCCGGAUGUACCUAUUGAACGUGCCUUCCGCAACAGAGCCCGCUGUUGACUCGACCAUGUGUGCGACCUGCUCCUUCUGAAAAUGAUUGCACCUUCCCCAGUCACCC